AUGGCGGAAGAGAAGCCGCCGCAGCUCAGCAUAGAGCCGGUAUCCAGACCGCUGGAUCUGAUACCAGUCGUAAUCAAAGAAGCCGCCCUCGAUUCACCCACGUUCCGCGCAACCGCUGUCCACUACGGCGACCAGAUCGAACUGAUAGAACGAUGGCUCACCUCGUUCGUCACGGCAACGUCGAAGCUUGCCGCCGAAUGCAACAAUAUGCAGGCACUCGUAGACACGUACAUACAAGCCUCGCAUCCCCCGUUACAGCUUUCUGAAGCCGUCGUCGACCACGAUUACACCGUCCUAGCCCUGAAGCGAUUCGGAGAGGGCGCGCGCGAGUUCUGGAAUGGCACACUGCGCAGCAUGAAGAGGGCUGAGCAGACCAUGUGCGAGCCCAUGAGAGCAUUUGUGUCCAACGACUUGCGCAUGCUGAAGGAGGCGCGGAAGAACCUCGACUCAACACAGCGCACAUUCGAUGGAGCCAUUGCCCGUUAUGCCGGCCAAGUCAAGACAAAGGAGGCGUCAUCGCUGAGAGAAGAUGCCUUCCAGUUGCAUGAGGCGCGACGGGCAUACCUCCAAGCCAGCAUGAACUUCUGCGUUAUGGCUCCCCAGGUGCGACUGACACUAGACAAGAUACUGGUCAAGGUCGUCAACGAGCAAUGGAAAGACAUGAAGGCCGCAACAGAGGCUUCAAGUAAAGGCUUCAGCGCGUGGACUUCAGACGUCGAGCGUGUACGAGGCUGGAGUAAGGAAAUGGAGAACGGCGAGCGUGUCUUCAAGAGAGAGCUGCAUCUAGCACGGCAGCAGAUCGAGGGUGCAGCCGAAGUCAGUGCAAGGCCUUCACGAGACUUGGAUACAUAUGCAGCUUCGACCGUCCCCUAUCUUGGCACCGCGCCUUCGUCCGCAAACCUACAAUCUCCAGCAAAGCCUGAGUUUGGCAUCGAGAAGGCAGAGAAACAAGGCUGGCUGUUCCAGCGCACAAUCACUGGCAAGCCGGCCAGGACCUAUUGGGUCAGACGUUGGUUCUUCGUCAAGAAUGGCAUUUUCGGCUGGCUCACGCAGGGAACGCGCUCCGGUGCGGUUGAAGAAUCAGAGAAGAUUGGUGUGCUGCUAUGCGGCAUCCGACCAGCCUUUGCUGAGGAGCGACGCUUCUGCUUCGAGGUCAAAACGAAAGACACUACCAUCCUUCUCCAAGCCGAGACCCAGAACGACAUCACCGAGUGGAUCUCCUCCUUUGAGGUUGCCAAGCGCAAAGCCCUUGAAGAUACAUCCAAAGAUCUGUCGGGUGCUGCAUCCGUUGACGCUGCUUUCUCCAUAAGCCCUCCAAUAGCUCCCGAGUUUGCCGCAAAGACCUCCGAGGGACACGCUGGCCACCCGGGUGAAGACACAGUCGCUAUGGACCGUACCGAAACGCUCGGUAUUCCUGGUGGUGAUGCCAAUGCGACACGCGGCAGCUUCGAUGUAUCGUCUCGACGUGGCACUACAACCGAAAGCGAUAGCAGCCGUCGCGAUCACACGGCUAGGAUCAUGGAGAAACUUGACCUGACAAGAAAGUCAACAGUAAGCCCUCAGUUGAGUGGAAGCAACCCCUCUUCUGCCAGCGGUGGCAUUGCUAGUCUCAUCUCCGCGAGUCUUGCCUCAGCUAGUCAUAACAUUGUGCAGGUUGGACAGAUUGCCGCUCCUGCACCUGGACUCCCUGAUACUCGCCUUGUCAUGGGCCAGACACUUCCUUAUACUAGUCUAGCUCCUUCUACCCUUGCGAGCCCACCAGCCCCGACAAACCUUAGCAAAGCCGCUGUUGCUGUGAGUGGAGAGCGAGGUCUUGGGACCGGUCGUUCGGGUAAUAUGCCUGGUGGGCUUAUGGCCAACCUAUGGGGCUCAGUCAACUGGGGAUACGUCAACGUUCUUGGGCGCGAAGAAGAGACCAACACCCGUGAUCGUAGUCAAUCUGGACCUCCAAGCCCCAUCAAUCCAUCUCCAGUCCUUGGGCCUAGUGAUGAGAAGAAUGGAACAGAGGCAGCGCCUACUGUCCCGACCAGCGCCGCUCAUCGCAAGUCAAGUAGUAUGGGAGGUCCAAUUCCGAUACUCAACAAACCCAAUGCCGAAGAGGUUGAUUUCCCAAACUACUACCCUCUAGCUCUGCGGAUGCAAGACGCACAGUUUCGUAUACUAUUCCCUACUGUGCCACGGGCGGAGAAAGUUGUGUUAGUAUUCCGUGCGGUAUGGAAUCCGACAGAGCAACAAGAGUUCCCCGGACGUGUGUACGUCACAACUAAAAAUAUUUACUUUUACAGCAAUCAUCUUGGUCUUGUGCUCAUUACUGGAAUAAGCAUGGCUUCUAUUGAUGAAGUCACCGCUGCACCCGGCAAGGAUUGCGACUUUCUUUUCCUACACUUCAAGUCAGGUUCCAGAGAAGAUGGUGCAACUAGGCUUACUGUCAAGACGUUCCUCGAGCCUCUCAAACUGCUCCUGCGUCGCUUGAACUUCCUUGUACGCAACACUACCUCUAGGGAGCACAACCUGGAAGAAACGAUAAAGGGAAUGAUCAAGAUGGAGACGGAUGAAAGUCUUAAUUCAGCAGGUGAGGAGGGCUGGGAGGAAAUAUCCCCAGACACGCCUAUUGACCCAAAUACCUAUGGUGGUGGGAAGAAUAUCAAAGCCAGUCUCCGCAUCGAUGGCAAUCUAUUUGGGCCAUCUGGUGCAAGUGCUGGAAAGAACGCCACCAAGUUCAAACUUCCAUCGCAAGCUGUAGUCUUCGCCCCUGCUGGCAUGACGCAAGUCGCCGUGGAGAAGGAAUAUGACAUUAGCGCGAAAGGACUAUUUCAUAUACUCUUCGGCGACAAAAGCGCUGUAUUCCAGUUGCUUUACCGGGAAAGGAGAGCAUCCCGCAUUGUUCAAGGGCCCUGGAUCACAAGCGACAAAAACCUCCAACGAAGGGACUUUGAAUAUGAAGUCGCGCAGCCGGGUAAGAACGGAGCUAUUGUUAUAAACGACUACCAAGUCAUCGAAGUCUUGAACGAUCAUCUUUGUUAUGUGGUCUCAGAUCGCAAAACGCCUUGGUACCUGCCAGGCCAAGAGCGAUUUGUACUUCUCAGCAAGACUGUCAUCACACAUGUCUCGAAAGCACGGUGCAAGCUGGCUAUUCACACAAAGGUAGACUGGAAGCGAAAUCCACGUUUUGCGAAGAAGCUCAUCGAACGUCAAGCCUUGCAAGAUUUGGAACUUGAGGCGCAGGACCUUGUUGAUGUCGUCAAUGACCAGGUCGCAAGGCUCGGUCACAACAGAAGCACGAACAAGGUUACGGGCAUUUUUGGUCAGAUUGGGGCUCAGACACAAGCUGUGCAGCUCGAUGCACAGGACAUCCCACCACCAAACCGACCGCGAAAGUUCAAGUUACGGCCACAGACGACAGCUUCUUUUGUCGCGCAAUAUAUCGGUAACAUUGUCAUCAGUAUGCUGUCAACAGUUAUGAGUUGGAUACUAGCGAUCGGCGCAGGGCUCGGCAAAGUCAUUUCAGCACACUCUUUGCUCUUUGGUCUUCUGUUAGUCAGUGGUGGUGCCAAUUUCUUCUAUACUUCAAGAGACAGUUGGAGCUGGUGGCAUGAGCGAAAUGCCGCAAACUACAUGUCGCGACUGGGCGUCAAGCCAUCGACUACAAUGACACGCUCGAUUUACAUUCGCGACAUCGAGGAGUCGUUCUUGAACAGGAAUAGUACGGGUCUUGAAUUUUCAGUGCCAGUUGCGGCCAGCACCGAUAACAGAUGCCAUCAGACAUUCACGACCCUCCUUCACGACCCCUUGUCGACAGUUUCGACACAGUCAUUCUUCAGACCCUCCACACAUAGCACCCAGCGUCUCCACCGUACGCGACAGAGCCUUGGCUCGCAUCGUCACGACCUACUCGUUGCUCUACGGGUUGUUAAUCGAAUUGAGAAAGAAGUGGUGGAAGCCGAAUACGAGAACUGGCUGCUGGAUGAGACACACAAAUGUAGCAAGGUUGGAAAGCUCUUGGAGAGCGCAGCCAAGAAGGGGAAGGAAAAGCAGGUGGAGGAUUGGGUGAAAGGUUAUUGCGGGGACUGUCAGAAGAGCUUGAGGGUGGUUGAGGAGAGCCGGAAGGGUCUGGUUUGA